AUGGAACCCGAUAAUCCUUCACCGCGGUACACGACAUUCUCAGGAGUGACACUUGACAACGCACAGCUAGGCACACUUUCCUCUUUUCACGAUCUCGAUGAUGACGGCGCCGUAUCGGGAGUGAGCGAUGAAUAUGACACCUGGGUAAAGGAGGUUGGCGGAUCGAAGGAACUUGAAUCUCUUGUUGAGAUGGGUCUCGCAGCCGUCCGUGUCAGAGUCGCCAAUGCCCAUCUGCAGGGUGAAGCCAGACAAUCCAUGGACCUGUCUGGUUUUCGUCUCUCCAAAGAUCUGAUCGUGACAUGCGCCCAUUUCACGGACUGGGAUCUGCCAGGAAACAAUGUCGAUUUCUUCUUGAAUGGACAGAACGGGGGUUUCGAAGCAGUUCAGAGACACUACAUCAGACCAACAAAUUGGCCGGAGAAAAAGGGCACUGACUCCUUUGUCGAGAAAGAGGACAUCCACUUCUCAACUCGGGAGGAGCGUUCCAUGUUGCGCGCGGCCCCAUCUUGGGGAUGCUGGUCAGUUGGCUAUAACCGUGCUGUCAAUAUGAAUGAGUUCCGGGAGCGGUUCAAGUCGUUCUUCAACAGACGUAGCCACGAAGAGAAAGCGAUGAUUACUCAAGAAUGGAACUUCGACGAUGAAUGCCAACCCGAGUCAGAAUUCCUUGCACCAAACACGCGAACUAUCAGCUUCGGUACCAAGAUUGAGCACCCGGAUAUGGCCAAAGAACAUCAAGAGUGUAUUGAGUUGAGUGCAUGGUACGGGCGCUCCGGCUCCAUGGUGUGCACGAAGCUAGAUAAGCAAGAUGCAAAACCAAAAAUCAUCGGCAUCAUCCAAGGGGGUGAAGAUUCCCCCGAUCGCAACUUCAUCUUGCUUUUCAAUACCGAGAUGAGCGAAUGGUGGGAGGCAGCUACCGACUUGAGAGAGAGCUCAGAUCCAAAUCCAGUGGUCAUCAGCAAACGAAUUGUGAUGGGUCGAUGA